GUAAUUCUGAAAACUGAAAUGAUUACUCUUCUCACAGUGACUCACUCUCUGAAGUAUUUCUACACUGCCUCUUCUGAAGUCCCAAACUUCCCAGAGUUUGUGGCUGUUGGGUUGGUUGAUGAAGCUGAAGUGGUUAACUAUGACAGUAACACCAGCAGAGCAGAACCCAAACAGGACUGGAUGAGCAGAGUCACAGAGGAUGAUCCUCAGUACUGGCAGAGGGAGACUGAGAGCUUUCUGGGUCACCAGCAGAUCUUCAAAUCCAACAUUGAAAUUGCAAAGCAGCGCUUCAACCAAACUGGAGGUGUCCACAUUGCCCAGGUGAUGUAUGGUUGUGAGUGGGACGAUGAGACUGGAAACAUCAAUAGUUUCAAUCAGCAUGGUUAUGAUGGAGAAGACUUCAUAUCAUUUGACCUGAAGACAGAGACAUGGAUCGCUCCUACCACAGGCUGUCAUCACCAAACACAAGUGGGACAAUAACAAAGCUGGGAUAGCACAGUGGAAACACUACGUCACUCAGCGUUGUCCUGACUGGCUGAAGAAGUAUGUGGACUAUGGGAGGAGCUCUCUGUUGAGAAAAGGUAGAGUCACAUGACCUGA